AUGACACAACUCAGCCAUCUUGACUACAUGCGCCUAGCUCUAGACGAAGCCCGCAAAUCACCUCCAAAGCCCACAAACUUCUGUGUCGGCGCCGUCCUCGUCUCGCCCUCAUCCCCCGAGCCCAUCCUCGCAACCGGCUACACUCUCGAGCUGCCGGGCAACACCCACGCCGAACAAUGCUGUCUCGGAAAGCUAGCACAGAGCAUGAACAUCUCUGAAGAACACGUUGGCUCCAUCAUGCCUGAUGAUACUGUUCUCUACACCACCAUGGAACCUUGCGACUUCCGUCUUAGUGGUAAUCUGCCAUGUACAGAGCGUGUGCUGUUGACGAAAAGCAGUCUAAGUACCGGCCACAAGGGUAUUCAGAAGGUCUACAUUGGUGUGAAGGAGCCUGAGAAAUUCGUAGGCGAGAACAAGGGUAGACGUAAGCUCGAGGACGCUGGUAUACAAGUCAUUCACGUCCAAGGUUUAGAGGAAGACAUCUUAAAAGUCGCUACCGCUGGUCACCAGAUCAAAGAAGAAGACCAAGACGAAUAA